CAAGAUUUAUACUUUAUUGCCGACACCCUCACUCUACUUUCUUUAUUCUUUUUCAAAAUAGACUCCCCAUUUUACUCCUUACCAAUUUUCAAUUAAAAUUUUAAGAAAACACAAAGUUUAUUUAUAAAAAUUCUUUCAAACCAUAGGAUAAACUAAGAGUUGGGCAACAUAUCAGAUAUUGAGUUGUUAUUAUUAUUAUUAUUAUUAUGCAAUCUGCGUUUUAUUUAUUGCUAUUCUUUUUUCUUUCAGAAAAUAAAUGACCUGUUUCUUUCUCUUGGUUCGCUUUUAAUUGUAACAAUAUUGCUAUUUUUGUUAAAAUUGUGAAUUUACGUGCAACAAUUUAAAGUUUUGGAAGUUCUUGAAUUAGGCUGAAUCCGAGCUUCAAAUACUCAAACCUUUACCAUUUGUGAAAGAAUAAUUAUAUUUUUAUUAUGUUAUUGCUUUGCUAAUAUGAGAAAUUAGGGCUAACGUAGGUAAAAGAUUAAGAUAAUGACCAUCUCUAAUCACCAACUAAAAAAAGAAAAUUGAAUUUUAUACAAUUUAAACACUUCUUCUUCUUCCUCUUCUUUUAGCUUUACAAAUAUUUAAAAUAACGCUCUAACUCAUAUUCGGAAAAGAUUUGAAAUUAAGACAUUUUCAAAUGAGUAAAUAUAUAAAUGUUUAUUUCACUUUAGGGGGGAAAUUGUAUCGAAUAUUCUUUCUCCAAUUACAAAGUUAAUUUUAGACUGAAAAUGGCAUAAUAUAUAUGAAGUUGAAGACAUGAAAAUGGAUUGUUAGGUUAAAUGGGCAUAAUGGUAAAUACGGAAGAGGAAAGGGGAAGAAACGGAAAUGGCGAACAGAAGUUUACAUGGAGAGUUCAGCCAUUGGUUUUCUCAAACAUGGGACAAAAGCUAUGCGAAAUCAAGCUCCUUCCAUUGUAUAAGUUUCCAAACCUUUUCAUACCUUAAACUCCAUUAUAUAUAUAUAUACAUAUAUCUAUCUUUCUCUCCCGCCUUGCCUUCUUCAUCAUUGAUUCAACCAGCGUCCUGCUGAAGUUUUUUGCUUCUGAUUACAUUGUGAUUUAUACCGACCGACCACUGCAAAAUUUUCAUCCUUUUGGCUUCUGGGACUUAUAGGUCAAUGCGGUAGCUGGCUGCUUGGUUGGAGUCUGUUGUUAGCUGGGUUUUCCAGAUAAAAUUCCAUUACCAGCGAUCGUUAAUAUCAUUCACUUUGGGACUGCAACAUUUUCUUAAUUAAAAUGUCGCUCUUGUCAAAGUUGCGCUGUAUCACCAUAGAUGUUACUGGUACAUUGUUAGCUUACAAAGGGGAACUAGGUGAUUACUAUUGCAUGGCAGCCAAAUCCGUGGGGCUGCCAUGCCCUGAUUACAAGCGUGUGCAUGAGGGCUUUAAGUUAGCUUACAAGGAGAUGGCAAAAAAUUACCCAUGUUUUGGAUAUGCAGCAAAAAUGCCUAACAUCAUUUGGUGGAAAACUUGCGUUAGAGAUUCCUUUAUCAGGGCUGGAUAUGAUUAUGAUGAGGAGACUUUUGAGAAAGUGUUUAGACGUAUAUAUGCAUCCUUUGGUUCAUCUGCUCCUUAUAAGGUGUUUGAAGAUUCCCAACCAUUCCUUAGAUGGGUGCGUGAGCAAGGUCUUAUGGUUGGCAUCAUUAGUAAUGCAGAGUACCGGUACCAGGAUGUGAUCCUUCCAGCCUUAGGCUUGAAUCAGGGAUCGGAAUGGGACUUUGGUGUAUUCUCGGGUCUCGAGGGUGUGGAGAAACCAGAUCCUAGAAUCUACGAGAUUGCGAUUGAGAGGGCUGGAAAUAUAGCACCAGAAGAAGCUCUCCACAUUGGAGACAGCUUGCGAAAAGAUUAUCUUCCUGCAAAGAGUGUGGGAAUGCAUGGUCUAUUGUUGGAUAGAUUUAAGACAUCAGAUGCUGAGGAAUGGAGGAAAUCUGGGGCAGUGGUGCUUCCCGAUCUGGUGGCUGCUCGAGAUUGGCUUCAGAAUAACUGAUUUGUCAUGUUAAAAACUUAAGAUAUGGGCCACCAAAGUCAUAUGCUCUAUAAGGCGCUUCUCUUCUUAUAAAGAAAGAGAGAGAGAAAAACAAUGUACUGUUAAUUUACAUACAAGGAUAAUCUUGAUUGAAAUCAUGCAUCCAAGUGGAUGAAGCAUUAACAAAAUUGGCAAGAAAUUGAGGAGAGUGAAA